AUGAGGCUUUCAAAUUGUAAUAGCCCAUAUUCUUGCUCAGUCUGGAGAUGGAAUUCUACAGUCCCUUAUCUUUUUGGAGGCUUAGCCUUUAUAUUUCUACUCAUUUCUAUAGCACUUGUCAUCCUUGCCUGUGCACAUUGCAGGAAGAAAUGGCGUAUCUCAUCGCCAAUGACAAGGGGAGAGAUCAUGGAGGAAAACUAUGGAAACAAUGGAACGCUAAUGCCCGGAAAUGUUAAUAACCAGAUUGACAUCAUUGUAAUGAAACCAAAGAUUGUUGUCAUCAUGGCCGGUGAUGACAAGCCUAGCUACUUGGCCACUCCAUCUCUUGCUUGA